GUAGAAGGCGAGAGAUGUGUGGCGUAGAUGAAAAUGCAACUUCCUGUUAAGAAAGGGCCUUAACGCAAAGCUGAAGAGGAGAGUGUCUCUGACACUGCUCUGCUGUCUCUAGUCCCCUAAAAAACAGCUUAAGGAUUUUUUUGAAGGUGAAAACUCACCGGCAACAGAACCGACUGAUUAGACGCAUGAGAACACGACAUAUGGUGUCUUAGAAGCGGCUUUUGAACUCUUGGAUAUGGCAAGAUUUUUUGUGCUAGGACCCUUGGUUUUGGUCCUAUGCAUGGUCUUAUUCACAGACCCCUCACCCACACACACUGAGAACCCAGAAGCAACAGUGCCUGACUCAAACUCCUUCACUCCCACCACUUCACCAAACACACCUGCAACCACCAAAGUCACAGACCCCUCACCCACACACACUCCUGCACAAGUCACAAAACCAAGUGAAACAGCCACAAGCCCCUCACCCUCACUCACUUCUGCCCCAGUCCCAAAACCAAGUGAAACAGUCACAGACCCCUCACCCACAAGCACAAGCACACGCACACACACACGCACACGCACUUCUGAACAAGACACAAAACCAGAAGACAACGUCACUCGCCCCUCACCCGCACUCACUUCACAAGUCAUAAACCCAGGAGAAAAAGGUUCUUCUGACUCACCCACCACCAUGCAACCCACUCCUCCUCCUCCUGCCUUACCUAAAGGUACAGGAGACGGAGACACUCAGCCCUCCACUUUCACUAAAGCAUCAAACACACCUACAAAUACCAAUGAAGGUGAAACUGUGAAUAAUACAGACUCCUCCACUCUCACCAGCACAACAAACACACCUACAAACACCACCAAAGGGAGCAUUAGUGAUAAUAACCAGACAAACACAUCAAUCUCACCCACACUCACCACCUUGAAACAACAAAACACCAGCACCUCUGCAGGUGUAAGGAAUGACACAGCCUCACUUCCAAGCACUGGAUCUCCCACCUCCAUGCACUCCAGCUCAACCUCACCCUCACCCACAUUCACCACCACAUUCACCACCACCAUGGGUCCCACACAAAGCCAAUGUCAGUACAACCUUACAAAGAGUGAGAACAAAAUAAUCGCCCGUGUAGUGAUUAUCAGUGGCCUACCUAACCAAACGUACACAAUCACCUUAAUGGAUAAGAAGAACAACGACGUGUUGAAAGAAAAUGGAUCUAACCUAAAACCUUUAAGAAUACCGUUUAGAUUGUUAAAACCAUGCAGCAUUUACACCGUCAGCGUGGAUGGCUGCGUAGCCAAUGGAUACACGACGUUUACUUCUUCCAGCGGAAAAGGAGAAACUGUUCCAGAAACUGUUGUGACAAACGUGACUGAUAAAGAAGUGUGUUUGAAAGGAAUAUUUAAUGAUACUCAGAAAUGGAAUCUGACUGAAUGUGUUGAAAUAACGGAGCAAAACUCUUGUGCAUCCACACACACCGUUGAACUGGACACAUGUACCUACACAAUGAAUGUUUCUAUGCCCCCAGUCAAACCUGAAAUACGGUUCAAUACAAGUAUUCCCUCUCAGUUUGAAUGGACUAAUAAACCAGAAAAAUGUAUGUCUACACUUGAAGUAAUUUGCAACCGUGGCAAUCAGAAAGAUACUUAUGGUUUAAAUGAGCCAGUGUCAUUAUUACCUAAUCAACAUUACACCUGCACUGGAGAAUACCCUUAUGAGACACGACCAAUCAAGAGUGAUCCUCUCUCCAUUCAUAUAGACUGCGAUUUGAAAAAGAAUGCAAGUUUUACAGAUAAAUCCCACAACUCCAUUCAUAUGUCCUGGAAGGCACCUGAGGAAGAUAACUGCUCAAACAUUAUUUGGAGCAGUUAUUCAGCCACUUGCCAAACCAGUGAAAAGAGAGAACCAGCGUCAUUGCAAUCGACAUGUACACAGGGCAAAGCCGACAGCACACAUUGCACUAAUACACAAUUACACCCAUUUACCACUUAUACAUGCAUAAUUAAUGCAAAACUUCAUGGCCAUGAGUACACCCUUUUCUCCAUUAAUCAAACAACAUUUCCUGCCGAGCCUGAAUUAAAGUCAAUUACAGUACAAAAGCCUUCUCACAAUUCUGUUCACGUACAAUGUUCUAAUCUCACUGAACCAAACGACUGGAAUGGAGACGCUGGGCAUUUUGAAGCUGUAAUCAAAUACAACGGAGAUCCUAUAAAGCCCCUUGAAAAAAAACGACAUUGCUGGUUUUCAUUCUCAGAUCUUCACUACCUUACCACCUAUGAGAUUGAGGUUACAGCCACAAAUAAACAAAAUAACAGGACUGUCUUGCAUCGAGACAUUACUACUAACUACAAUGACAAGGCUGUUGUUGGAUUCUUGGUGUUUCUAAUCAUUGUGACAUCAGCGGCGCUCCUCUUCGUGCUCUUCAAAAUUUACCUUCUCAAAAGGAAGCGGUCUGCUGAGGAUGAAGAGAUUCCUCUCACACCAGAACCGCUGCGCAGAGUUGAGCCCAUCUAUGCUGACGGUUUAAUAGAGGCUUACAAGAACAAGAUCGCUGACGAGAGCCGACUGUUUAUGGACGAGUUUCAGAGCAUUCCCCGCAUUUUCUCCAAUUACACCAUCAAAGAAGCGAAGAAACAGGACAACCAGUCCAAGAACCGCUACGUUGACAUUCUGCCGUAUGACUAUAAUCGGGUUACUCUCUCAACUGGAGGCGAAGACGAAUACAUCAAUGCCAGCUUUAUCGAGGGAUAUCAAGAGCCAAAGAAAUACAUUGCAGCCCAAGGACCCAAGGAUGAGACCGUUUGUGAUUUCUGGCGAAUGGUUUGGGAGCAAAAGUCAUCCAUUAUUGUCAUGGUCACCCGUUGUGAGGAAGGCAACAAGAUCAAAUGCGCUCAGUACUGGCCAUCUCUGGACAGAGAGACUGAGAUUUUCGACGAUUUUGUGGUGAAAAUCCGAUCUGAACAACACUGCCCUGAUUAUAUCAUUCGCCAUCUGAUGCUGACCAAUAAGCGAGAGAAGGCCUCAGAAAGAGAAGUCACUCAUAUCCAGUUCAUUAGCUGGCCUGACCAUGGUGUGCCUGGAGACCCCAGUCUGCUUCUGAAGCUCAGGAGAAGAGUCAACUCCUUCAAGAACUUCUUCAGUGGCCCGGUUGUGGUCCACUGCAGUGCAGGGGUCGGCCGCACAGGAACAUAUAUCGGCAUUGAUGCAAUGAUUGAAUCUCUCGAGGCAGAGGGAAGAAUGGACAUCUAUGGAUUCGUAGCAAAACUACGUCGCCAGCGUUGCCUCAUGGUUCAAGUGGAGGCCCAGUACAUACUGAUCCACACUGCUCUGAUUGAGCACAACCAGUUUGGAGAGACAGAGGUCUCACUGUCUGAAUUCCACUCAGCACUCAACACCCUCAGACAGAAAGAUGGCAGUGACCCAAAUUUGCUUGAAAUUGAGUUCCAGAGACUGCCCAAAUUUAAAAACUGGAGAACGUUUAACACAGGAAGCAGCGAGGACAACAAGAAGAAAAACCGCUACUCAGCUGUUAUCCCAUACGAUUUUAAUAGAGUCCUGUUUAGACUGGACAUUGAGGGCAACCAGACCAGUGACCCUGAGGAUGAGGACGAGUAUUCAUCAGACGAGGAAGAAGAAUCUAAUGAAUACAUCAACGCCUCAUUCAUUGAUGGCUACUGGUGUCACAAGAGUCUGAUCGCAGCACAAGGGCCUUUACCAAACACAACGUCAGAGUUCCUGCUCAUGCUGUACCAGCAACAAACUAAAACACUGGUCAUGCUCACAGACUGCCAAGAGGACGGCAAAGAUUAUUGCUGUCAGUAUUGGGGAGAUGAAAAGAAAACCUUUGGAGACAUGGAAAUCGAGGUAAAAAAGACAGAAAGCUUCCCAACAUACGUGAGACGGCGUCUGGAAAUACAGUCCACAAAGAAGGAAGACGUCUUGGAGGUGGAUCAGUACCAGUUCCUGAAAUGGAGAGGCCGUGAGCUUCCAGAGAACCCGCAGGAGUUGAUUGAGAUGAUAAGGGUCAUCAGAGAGAACGGCAAUUAUGACAACAGCAGAAUGAACCGGAACGUCCCCAUGGUGGUGCACUGCAACAAUGGAUCGUCGCGUACCGGAAUCUUCUGUGCCUUAUGGAAUAUCUUGGACAACGCAUACACAGAGAAGCUAGUAGACAUCUUCCAAGUAGUCAAAAACCUGCGCAAGGAGAGACAGGGGAUGGUGGAAGCAUUCGAGCAGUAUCAGUUCCUCUACACGGCUCUAGAGAGCGCUUUCCCGGUGCAAAACGGCACCGUAAAGACGCCACCUGCAAACGACACCACGCAGGUCAUCAACGAAACCACGGCGCUUCUCGAUGAGCCUAAAAGCACUUCCGCUGCUGACCAGAAGGAGGCGGAAGAGAGCAAAGCCGCAGAGAGCAGUGACAAGACCAACCCUGGCAGCGAGCAGGAAGCCAAGGAGAGCAGCACUGCUGAGGCUCCACCAGCAGAGGGAGAGAAACCCAGCGCCGAGGGCACCACCAACGGCCCUGCCGCCACCGUAGAGGUUUAGGCAUUUUUGGAGCUAAAAUCUUUUCGCUAAUUUGACACCAAGUGUCAAGGAGAGUUUUUUUUUUUUUUAAAUGCUUUUGAUUUUUUUUGUUUUACGUUUGAGUUUUACUGUACAUUAGAUCAGAGUUGUUGUUUUUUUGGAAUCGGACUGAUCCAUUAAAACUUUCUGCCUCAGGUUUCGGUUUGGAUUUUCUGUAUAAUGAUGCUGUUUGUGUUAAAUCUGUGCAUAUUGAUAAUGUUUAUUCACAUAUGUAAAGGAUGUGCUUCAUGAUUUGAUUUUUAGGCUAUCAAAUUGCGUUUUGAAUGUAUUGUAAAAUAAGACAUUACAAACGAUAUUUCCUGGGUUUUAUUGUAUUUUUAAGUUUCAAAACAGAGCGUUAUUGCAUCUAAAUUAUAGUAUGUAAAAUGUUUGAUGGAAGUGAGUGCUUUUAUGUUUGAGAACAACCAAAAUAAGGGCAAAGAUGACUUUGCACUACAGGGCUGUCAUCAAACUAUCUGAUCACUGUUGUUGUUGGGUUUUUUUUUUUUCAGAUUCGCUUAAUACGUUUCAUUUUAAGCAGAUGUAACUUAACAAAAAAAGAAUAAAGGAUAGCUUGAACAAUGCA